AGCGGCGGCAUGGCAGCGUCCCGCGGGGCCGAAGGGCAGCCGGCGAGGGGAGAUACAGAGUGUAUUUUGGAGCCUCUGUCUCUGCCAGAAAGUCCAGGUGGUGUUGCUGCUGUAGAAAGUUCUCCCUAUGUGCCAUGUAUUUUCUGCAAAGAAUGCUAUCUCUUAGCAGAACAAAACCAGCUCCUGAAGCACAUGAUUAUUGAACACAAGCUUGUCAUAGCAGAUGUGAAACUGGUUGCAGAUUUUAGAAGAUACAUCUUGUACUGGAAGAAGAGGUUUGCAGAACAGCCCAUCACAGACUUUUGUAGUGUGAUAAGAACAAAUUCGGAAGCUCCAUUAGAAGAACAGGACAAUUAUUUUCUUCUGUGUGAUGUUUUACCAGAAGACAGAUUACUUCGAGAACAGCUUCAGCAAAAGAGACUGAGAGAAAUUCUAGAACAGCAACAGCGAGAAAGAUACGACAUAAGUUUUCAUAGUAUGUGUAUGUUCUGUGAUCAAGAAUUCACAGGAAACAGAUCUGUCCUUCUCAAUCAUAUGGCAAGAGAGCAUGCUUUUAACAUUGGGCUGCCAGAUAACAUUGUGAACUGCUCUGAGUUUUUGGCUGUAUUACAGGAGAAGCUCAACAAUUUGCAGUGUUUAUACUGUGAAAAAGUCUUCAGAGACAAAAACACACUUAAAGAUCACAUGAGAAAGAAGCAGCAUCGCAGAAUCAAUGCCAAAAACAAAGAAUAUGACAAAUUUUAUAUCAUUAAUUACUUGGAAUUUGGAAAGUCCUGGGAGGAAGUGCAGUCAGAGGACGACCGGGAAUUACUAGAUAACCUAGAAGAAGACUGGUCUGACUGGGAAGAGCAUCCUGUGUGUGCAGUUUGCCUGUUCUGUGAACAACAAGCAGACACCACAGAAAAAUUAUAUCUUCACAUGCAGAAAUCACAUGGAUUUGACUUCCCUAAAAUAAAGUCAGAGCAUGGUCUGAACUUUUAUCAGCAAGUAAAGCUAGUGAACUUCAUCAGAAGAGAAAUCCAUCAUUGUCGUUGUUACAACUGCCAGGAGAAAUUUCUGUCUAAAGGAGGACUGAUAAGUCAUAUGGAAGAGACCAAACACAUUACAUUCCUGCCAGUCAGUUCUACAUGGGAUCAACCACAGUAUUAUUUUCCAACCUAUGAAAAUGAUACACUCCUGUGUACGCUGUCAGACAGUGAAGAUCUGAUAACUGAGAAUCAAAGUGAAGAUAUCCCUGUUGUAAGUGAAGAUAUAUCCAAUCUAAAAGCUCUCAAACAGAGCAGUGUUUUAAACCAGCUCCUGUAUGAAGAGAACAAGAGUCAGGAGAAAUUUUGACCUUGAAUUACAGUUGCUGACCUUUGAGCGUUUCUUCUGCAAGACAAAAAAAAAUACCUUCUUUCACUAAUAUUGGAAUACAGUUUAACUCAUAAAUGUUAUCACUGGGCAAAUAUUACAUGAAUGGGAAUGCUAAAUAAAAUUUAAU